AUGGCCUUAAUUCAUUGCAUAAAGCAAGCAUCAACCUCUGGCAAAAACGUUGCCUACUAUCAACCACAAGCACUGAGGUAUUCCUUUGACAAUGAUCUGCUGAGCACUGAGCAGAGAAUCUCCUAUGAGGAGGAUGGCUUUCUUCUUAUCAAGGGCCUGGUGUCUGGGGAGCACAUUGACAGAUUCAGGGCGGCGUUUGAGCGGAUAUUCCGUCGGGAGGUGCAGGUCCCGGGGCUGGUGGUGAUGAGGGACGUGUCCAUCGCCAAGUCAGAGUUCAUCCCUGACCAGAAGGCCAUCUCCAAGCUGCAGGAAGAGCCUGAGUUAUUCCGCUACUGUAGCCUGGAACCAGCUCAGGUAAUAAGACAUCUCGUCACUCCAUGCACCAGGACCUGCAUUAUUUUCCACUCUGUCCGGCGGACCGUAUUGUGUGGUCCUGGACCGCCAUGGAGAAGGUUCACUCCCUGGUGGUCCUUCCUGGUUCUCACCAUGGCACCCUCAAAGAACACGACUACCCAGAGUGGGAGAUGUACCACGGUGUCCGUGACUAUGACCCCAAUCAUCCCAGGGUGCACCUGGAGAUGGAGAAAGGAGACAGUGUUCUUCCACCCUCUAUUGAUUCAUGGAUCUGAAAUGAACCAGAAGCAGGGCUUCCGCAAGGCCAUCCCCUGCCACUAUGCCGGAGCUAACUGCUACUCCAUUGACGCGAGGGGAACCACCCAGGAGAACAUAGGGAAGGAGGUGUACGAGAUCGCAGCAAGCAAAUAUGCUGUUGAUGACGCCACAUUCGAGGAUACCUGGGCUGUAAGGGGCUGUCUGGUGCAAGGGGAUAGGACCAAUCUGUGAGAGAGCCCGCCCACCGCAGUGUGACGGUCACUCACCAGUAACAACCUACCAAUCAAAGGAGAUUGAAAAAAGUUGACAAAUCCACCAGCCAAUAAACUGAGUCUCAGUGACAGGAGUCAUUUAUUCAUUGGGCGAGAGAGAGUGUCCAAGUGUCCAGUCAGGGAUGUUUUCCGGGUGUGUUCAACAUAUUAAACUAAAUGGAUGUUAAUUGCACAGUUAAACAUUGAUUGAUGUAAUCAUCUUCUGCCUAACAAUAAAGUACUUACUGUGUGGUGGACUGAAGUGAGAGGAGCAGAGGUAGAAUGUGUGAGAGAGAGAGAGAGAGAGCGUGAUAGACUGGGAGAAAGAGAGUGUAUAUGAAAGAGAUGAGUGGAUGAAGGUGAAUAGCAGGCUAUUGCUGUUAUGAAUAUGGGUGUGUUUUAGUUCACUUUGGAAACCAGGUACUCAGGGUGUCGCUUUGUAGACCAGUCCACCAUGAAAUACCAGUAACCUUGAUGCCUCAAUAUAACAGAAUCCUAGUUGUAUUUUACAUCCCCGCCUUAACAAUCAAAUCUAUGCUGCUUUUAAUGAGUUUGUAAUGAGUACUUAUGUUUAAAAAUGGUUUGAAAAUUAGUUUAUGUGAUUUCCUUUCAUUAUUGUCGAUGUAACUAACAAUAAACAGACUCAGAAUCAA